UAUGCAAUCAAAAGGUCCUUCUGCUUAAUAUCUAUCCAAACUAAUAAUUGAAGAUCCAAAUAGAGCUCCUGAACGUGUAUUUAAGACUAAUCAAAAAUAUGCUGAAUAUAUUGCUUAUUUAGGUUCUUAAAAAUAACCAAUAACUGCAUAUUCUAAAUUAGCAUAAUGGAAAUAAUACUAAUUUGAGAAUGUAAAUUUAUUAAUUGAUCCUGCUAAAAUAUCUCCUUUGUUAUCUGCACUUACAGAUGAAAAUAAAUUAUUAAAACAAGAAUGUUUUAAAUAAUCUAAUGAUAUUGUUGAAUUAACUACUAUGGUUGAAAGAUUGAUUGAUGAUAAUAUAGUAAUCAAAAAACAUCUAGAUUUAAAAACUAAUGAGAUGCAACACUUUCUUUAAACAUAAAAAACAUAAAGUAAUGAAGAAAUUUAAGAUCUCAAAUUUCAAAUUUAAUCAUUGUAAGAUGAGAAUAAUCUACUUAUAACACAUUUAGAAGAUUUGAGAAGAAAUCAAAAUGAUGAUGUUAUAAAUAAUCUAGAAACUGAAUUAAGCAAUGCUAGAGAUUUGUAUGAAUAAUAGCAAUAGAAUUUUAAAUAAUGUUAAGAUCGAGAAUAUGACAUAAGUAGAGAACUUGUUAAAAUCAAUUCUUAAUAUAAGGAUUCCUUAGAAAAAAUUGUUGAAUUAUCCUCCUAAUUAAGUAUUUAUGAAGAUAACAAUCAUGAACUAAGAAAUUAAAUUAUGUUAAUUUCUAACAAAAUUAAUAUUGUAUAAAAGAAUGCUUUUGAUUAAGUUAAUGAAAAAGAAAUUGAACUUGAAAGUAUGUAAAUUAAAUUCAAUGCUAUAAUUAAAGACAAAGAAUCUAUUAAAAAUUAAUUAAAUUAAUAUGAGUUAAAGAUUUCAGAAUUAAUUAAAGAUAAUACUAAAUUAAGUGAAGAAAUGAAAAUGUAUUAAUUAAUGAAUAAUGAACUAUUAAAUUAAGAAAAAGAUAUUAAAAAUCAAUUAGAAAUAGAGAAAAUGAAAAAACCAACCAACAACUUUGAUGAAUAAAUACCAAAGGAACAACUUAUUAAAGAAUGUAGAAGAUUAGGAGAAUAGUUAGAAAGAGCUUAAUUAGAAUAUAUCAAACUAGAUGACUUUUUGACUAAACAAAUCGAUUUAUAAAAGAAAUAAUCUGAAUAAAUUCUUGAAAAUAUGAAAAUUAGAUAUUAAACUUCUUUAGACAGUAGAUAAGAAUAAAUUAAUUAAUUAGAGAAAUAAAUAGCAAUAUAAAUUGAAUAGAUUAAUAUUUAAAAGAAAGAAUUGGAAAUCAUUAAUUUGGAAUAUUAAGAAAUUAAAUAAAAAUAAGUAUAUUUAUUAAUAUCCAAAAUAGGAAGAUUAAUCUUAGUUAAAGAAAUUAGUUGAUUAAUAAGUUAUGGAAAUUAGAGUGUUAAAAAGUUAACUAUAAGAUAAGAAAAUGUUGAUAAAUGAAAUGUUAGAAGAAAAAGAUAAGAUGAGCAAAUUAUUUAAAAGUGAAUAAAUAGCAAAAUAAUAAAAUGUUCAUAUUUUAGAAGAAGAAAUAAAAUAAUUAUAAAACUAACAAAUAAAAUAUUAAUCCUAGAAGGAAGAUUUAGAAAAAUUAUUAGAAAUUAAUGAUAAUUUAAAAUAAGAGAUUCAUCAUAUUUAAUAAUAAUAUAAGGACAUUUAAGUUCUGUGUAGAGAGGAAAUAGAAAAAAGAUAAAAUGUAUAAUUUUGAUUAAUAAAGUUAUAAGUAGAAGCAGGUAUUUAGGCUAAUCAGAUUGGAACACUUAAAGAAUAGAUAAGAUACUUUUAAGAUUAAUAGUAGAGAAAGGAUAAAUUAGAUUAAGUGUUAUAAGAAAAUCAGAUUUUAAGAGCUCAACUUAAAUAAUGA